AUGAGAAAACUGUCCCAAGCCUCACUUGGCGUCGAGAAGUAUAAUUCUGCUUUCCGUCAAUUAUGGUCGUUGAUGCCUGAUGGCGUCUGGACAGACAAAGGUGCGAUCCUUGCAUAUUAUCGUGGCCUUACCAAGGAAACUUGUCGUCUUGUCACGUUAGCACACCCGCAAACGUUGGACGACGCACUUGAAGCCGCUUAUGACACUGUUGCCGUUGAUGAGGGAUUCUUCUCCGCUCUUGACCCUUUGAUUGGUGCUGACGGGGAUGAUAUUAUGACUACAUCAGCCAUCUCUUAUAUUUGGUCCAACUGCACUGAACCCAGAGGGAGGAAAAGAAACGCCAAUGGACAUAGAAGACACGGGAGAUUCAAUAACUCCACUUCUCGAUCUCGUCAGGAAUGUAUCGAAAAGCAUUUAUGUUUUAGAUGCAAGCAACCGAAUCACUCGUACAGGGAUUGUCCCGCAGCCGUUGUAAUGCUGCCAAUGCUUCCGCUGACUCUAGUGAUGCCGAUGCGAACAAUGAUUGAAGUUGCUCCGAGACCCAGUCACAACGUGAUUAAAACGUUGUGUCUUAUCACUAAUAAAAAGGCCCUGAAGGUUGGUCAAACAUAUCAGGUAGACAUGUUGUGUGAGGGAACCACUAUCAAAGUUUUGAUGGAUACUGGUUCUCCCAUGUCAUUCAUUAGGUCCGACAUACCUCAUGAGUUAGAGUUAUCCAAGUUUACUGCUCCAUGGUUCAGAUUCAAAGAAAUGGUGCCGAAAGGCGCCGUUAUUACUACCGAAGUCGUUAAUUUGGAAUUAAUCAAAGAUACCAUCAAAGUUGAAGAAGCUGUUUAUGUGAGAUCCCAUUUAUGGAUCACGAAAUCAUUCUUGGAAAUCCGAUUAUCGCAACAAACGAGAAAUUAA